AGUUUCGACACAUGCGUUUCACGCGAACGCUGUCAUCAUAUUAAAACUAUUCGCGGACAAAAUAAAAAUCAAACGAAAUCCAGUUUACGCGUUUAAAAGGAUUUUUCACGCCCAAAAUACUGUGUGACUUUUUUACUUGUGUUUCCUUUUCGAGUACAAAAUGUUUAACAACACCACGAGUUACAAAUCGAGCGGCGGCCGAAGUUAUUCGAAGACAUCAGAAACAAAAGUUCCAAAAGUGAAGCGGAAGGGAGGAAUGUGGGCAGGCGGUGCGCAGUGCGUGCAUGCUUCGCUGCCUCGCGGCGCGCGCGCAACGCCUGCGCCCACGCUCAGUGGCGCCAUCGCCAGCCGCCGCCCGCCCAGGCCGUCCCCUCCGUCACCGACUUUAGUGGCCCAAAUCGAUUCGUCAGUGGCCUGCCUUUGGUUGCUAACGCCACUAUCAGCGGGAACUGCGGUGGUAGCAGUCCUAGUAGCCGUAUCGACCAACAACUGGCUUCACACACAAGAGAACAUGCUGAAUCCUUCGUACAACGGCACUGGGAGACACGACCUAGUUGCCAAGCAAACCGUGUCAGGAUUAUGGAGAAUAUGCCACACAGAUCCUGGCAGCACAGUGUUCAGGUGUUUGGACAUUCCGUAUUUUCCUCUGUCCCAGUGGCAGCCUGACCCGAGCGAUUCUACGAAUGCAAUACCAUAUGUGGUGACCAGAUCAGCAGCACCGCUUCUUCUGGCUGUGUUCACACAAGCUGUCGGGGCGCUAUGCUGCGUGCUAGGCCACUGCGUGAAGGGCCGAAGACUGUGUACAUUCAUUGCAGGCGUUCUUUUUAUUAUAUCAGGUCUAAUAAUGCUGACUGGAAUCGUCAUGUACAUAUCGGUAUUUAAAUCACAAGUGAACCACAAGUUGCGUUACAUGGCUUACUUUGAUACACCCCGAAUGUCAUACAGUUACGGAUAUUCAUUCGGGCUGUACAUCAGUGGCUUCGUCGCCGCUGAGUUAGCAGGCACUUCAGCUAUAUUCUUAUUUCUUCAGUGGUACCAAAAAGAUUGGAUAACAGAACUGACAGAGAAAGCCAAGGCGGAUUGUCGAGCAUGGGAUCGAGAAUACGCCUUCACAGAAUUCAGAGAGCGAGACUCCACGCUCCUAGAGAGGCGGAUGAUGAAAAGGGACACAUAUCCCCCCACAGGCUCAUCAGCUGCCACGCCGCGAGAGCGGAGACGCUUCGUAUUCGACGGCGAUGAUAUGCCUCACUGUUCAAUACACAAUAAAAAUAGGAGAAUAAAUUUAAGUUCAGCUUCACUAAAAGAUUUGUCAUCGUCAACGCUGUACGGAUUCCCGGCUGCGCCUCGACCGACAGCCUGUGACAAUUAUUUUGAAGAAUUCAAGGAAGUGCCACAAAGCGCAAAUACCUUGAGCGGUUUAAGAAGUGCAUCGAUAUUUCAGUCACAGGCGUCAGUAGCUAGUGGCCGAUUUCUUGACACUUCAGCAGUAGAACCACCACCUUCUCGGGAAGAGGAGAUGGUGACUUUUGGUGCUGGUGCGAGGGGUGGUGAGGAUCAACAGCCACCGCGCCACGACCGUGCCGUAGGUACUGACCCCUACCGCAGAACUACGCCCGUCUGAUCCACGAACUUGGGUAUCCCACCCCGAAUAUAAAGCAUAUCGAGAAGUGAUAAGUGACGAUUUUAUUCACGUGCUACGUACCAAAUAGUUAAUGUUCGUACUUAGCCGGAUACAGUUAUGAAGUGUCUUUCGAAUUUAUGAACGUACAUAGGUGCAUACGUGACUUGUGUUAUGAAAUUUUAAAUUGUUAUAAUUCCUUAAAUAAACACUGCCAUUUGUCUAA